AUGCGCAGAGGCCGCCAAGGCUCAGAUUUUGAAGAGCCAACGAUCGCCCACCUGCGAGCUAAGCUGAGGAGGUGGUCCGAGAUGCUGAGUCAGCUGGUGGCAGCGCUUUUCACGUUCGGCCGUUCAGCGGUGUGUGAGGAUCUUUCGUCCUAUCCGCCGCCGAGGAGGAAGUCGGGUGUGGAUCUCACUGCAUCUUUCGUCGCUGCGAGAGCAGGAGUGCCGCUGCACUCAUGGACAAAGCUUACCCAUCUCAAGCAUGCUCGUCGGCAUGUGCGUGUUUUCAACACGCGGAGGAAGCGCAAGAGCAGGGAGGCUGCGGGGUUUGAGGAGGCUCUCGGCCUCAACAACGCCGCUGAGAACAAGGCGCCGGUGCCCCACAGCCGCGUCAUCGAUGGACUUUAUGAGUUCGAAGGCACAGAGCCAUCCGAAGGUGACUGACAAGCACUCUCACACUCACACUCACACGUGGUGACUCUCCCUAACAUACAUGGCAUUCCGACUCUUUGUAUCAGGCUUCGGCGACGUGCCACGCACCACCAUCCCCCUGACGCCCCCAGAAGACCCUCCGCGGCCGGCUCGUCAGUCCACCGUGCCCGCCACCAAGAAGCGAGCGCAGCUGCUAGAGCACAAAACGUGGAACUUCAACCAGCAGGACAGAGAUGAGGAGGGCACCCUGCAGUCCCACCCAGACAGCCGGAGGGGCUUGAAGAACGACCCCGAGUGGCAGUUCUUCGACACGGCCAAGAUCAACGUCAAGGCGGGCGACGGCGGCAACGGCUGCUGCUCCUUCAGACGCGAGAAGUAUGUUCCCCUGGGCGGCCCUGAUGGCGGGACUGGUGGGAGGGGCGGGUCGGUGGUGCUGGAGGCCGACCCCAACAUCAAUACGCUCUACCGCUUCAGGCGCCAGGUGCACUGGAAGGCCCAGAGCGGAGGACACGGCGGCAGCAAAAACAAAAUGGGGGUGAGGGAGGGGAGCCACACUGACCUGAACCGCGUCACGCCGCCGACAUGUCAUAUGUGCCGUGUCUGGUGGUGCGUGUGUGGGUGCCGUGGCGUGCCCUGCCCUUCAGGAGUCAGGGUCUGAUUUGGUGGUGAUUGUGCCGCCGGGCACUGUGGUCCGGGACGAGGAGGGGCGGCUGGCAGGCGAACUGCGCAGACAGGGAGACCGACUCACGGUAGGUACGGUAAGAUGCACAGACAUAAAGACACAAGAUCAAUGAAUGCCUCACCGCUCCUUGAUCUGAUCUGAUCUAUCAGGUUGCCCGAGGCGGGCGUGGGGGUCGCGGCAACGCCUCCUUCAAGACGCAGGCCAACAACGCCCCGAAGCUGGCCGAGAAGGGCGAGAGGGGCACCUGCCGCUGGAUCAACCUGGAGCUCAAGAUCGUGGCCGACGUGGGGCUGGUGGGGUGCCCCAACGCCGGCAAGAGCACACUGCUGUCGGUGGUCAGCAACGCCAAACCAAAGAUAGCCGACUACCCCUUCACCACAGUGGUGCCCAACCUGGGUGUGUGCGACAUGCCUGAGGUGCUCUCUGCCGGUGAUGGGAGGGGCAUGGUGCUGGCCGACAUCCCAGGGCUGCUGGAGGGGGCGCAUCGGGGAGUGGGCCUCGGGAUGGCCUUCCUCCGUCACGUCGAGCGGUGCAAAAUCAUCCUGCACAUCAUCAAUGGAGACAGCCCGGUGAGGGAGGGAAUGAGGGCACCACAGCACAGCCAAUGGCACAAGUGGCGAGGCGCGGGAUCGUGUCUCUGUGCGCCUUGCAGGACCCCGUGGGCGAUUUCCAUGCCAUCAAUCAGGAGCUGCUGUUCUUCAACCCACAACUCGCGAAGAAACCACAGGUAGAUAGAUCCGCAUGGCAGCCAUCGAUAGAUCGUGUUGAUUGACGUUUUGUGCGUAUGUGUGUGUAUGUGUGUGUGUGUGUGUGUGUGUAGGUGGUGGUGCUGAACAAGAUCGACCUGCCUCAUGUGCGGGAGCGGCUUCCGGCACUGCAGGAGGAGAUUCAGGCCACCCUCAACCACACGCGAUUCCUCGCCAUAUCAGCACUGACUCGCGAGCGUGUGCCUGAGCUAAUGAUGCGGCUCAGAAAACUCGCAAACCACAUCGCCGAGACCGAAAAAGGUGGCUAGCCGUGGCAUGGCAACACACAGCGCAAGACGGCCGGUCCCCACUGUCUCGGUGUGCGUUGUGUUGUGUGGCGUCAGAUGUCGACUUUGGUUGGGUGGCCGACGGUGGUGGUGCUGGUGGAGAGGACCGUGUGGACUUCGAGCGUCUUGACCAGGGGUCGGUGCUCGACGGGGAGUUCGUCAUUGAGGCCGACCCCGUCAACUUCCCUGGUAUGUAUGUAUGUGAUGUGUGGUGUGCAUCCCAUGCACCAUCUCGUGCGUGGAGUGGCGUGCAUUCAGCCCAGCCGUACACGAACGAAACGAAUGGUUGAUUUGAUUGGUCGCUAAAAUAGGUCAGUAUCGUGUGGUGGGUCGGACCAUCGAGCGUGUGGUGGACAUGACCAACUGGGACUACUACGAGUCCACACUCAGAUUCAAACGAAUACUCGAUGCCACCGGCAUCACCAAGGUCAGACACACACUGCACGUGCGCGGGCUGGAUGGAUGGAUGUUGUGUGUUUGUGCAGGCGCUGCACGCUGCUGGUGCCGAGGCGGGUGACUUGGUCAUGAUAGGUGACCUCGACUUCGAGUUCGCACCCGAAGACGACACAGAAUGCAACCGCACGCCGAAAAGGUAACAGAGGUGGUCAGACCGUAGUAUCCUGCUCGACGAUGGCAUGGGUGACUCUGAUGGAUGCUGGGGUGCUUUGUCUGUGUGUUCUGGCGGGCCAGGAGUGCUGGCUCAUUGGCGAAGGAGAUCGAGAGGCACGACAAUGAGCCUGGACAAGGUAGGUACACAGGAAGCCGACGCGUCCAGGAUCGGCCCCGCAUGGUGUGCUAUGUUGUGUUGUGUUGUGUCAGUGCCUCCGCCCCCAUGGACCGUCAAGAAGUGAAUGAAGUCCAGUGCAUGCCAUGUGGUGCGUGUGCCUGUCGAUACCUCUAUCUAGUCUGAGUGUGUGUCAAGCUUUAGUAAGAUGUGGCAUUGGUUGGUGUGAGGACAUUUAUGUGUACGUGACUGACGAGAAAACAUUCACAUAAUAAAGUAGUAG